AUGACGGAGAAGAAGGUUUUCUUAGAUGCUGCGGAUUUUCAAAAAGGUCUUAGCGCCCUUGAUACAGAGCUGGGAAAGAAUGCAUUCAUCGUCGCUUUCGCUCCGAUAAAAAUAAUAGCAGCCGGCGGCUAUUUUGCCAUCACAUACCUCAAAAACCGCACGGCUACGACAGACUUGGACUACAUCGCCGACCCCCAGUGGGCAGCUGAUGAGGAAAUCAAAAAGCCCAUCCAAGAGGCCAUUUUCGAAGUCUCGACUGCUCUGAAUUACAAUGAGGAAUGGAUAAACGAGGACAUGGCCUUGUUCGUGGCUGGGAGGACGAGACAACAGCUGUUCGAGCAAGCCGAGCGGCAAAACAUUGUCCUAUUCAAAGGCGAAAACCUCACCGUCCUUGCUGCGCCGGUCGAAUGGGUGUUGGAGCGGAAGAUCAGGAGGAUACACACCGGUGACAGGGGUCGGAAGGCGGAGUUGGAUAUGAGUGACGCUUUGGCAUUGCUGAAGUAUAUGAAGGAUAGGAAAGGCGAGCUGCUCGACAAAGAGCAUAUUCGCACCUUGAAUUCUAAUUCGUUUGAUAUUAUUCCGACGAGAGAAACGAUGGAGCAGGUGGCUGCAGCGUUCUGGAGAAAGUAUCGUGGGAAUAUAUUCGCUUGA